CCACCGGCUCACUUGUUAGGACCCCCUUAAGUUGGAGGAGGCAGAAAGGCAGCGACAGCAAGGCAGGAGAAGUCAAGGCGUCUGGAAAGAAUUACCCAGUCCUGGCUUCGAGCAGCCCAUUGAACCGGGGACUUGAACCAGCCAAAGACUUCUCUCUCCAUUCUGCGCUUCUUCACCGGGCUUUUAGGUUGAUGUGAAAAAGAGACUUUGCCUUAUCGGAGGGAGGGGGAUUGGAGCAAAUAGCAAAACGGGGGGGAAAAGUUAAUUUAUUUUUAAAGCACGUUUAACAAAAAGAAUUAGAAGAUUUAAGUACAACGGAAAUAAUAAAAGAGAAUAUUAGUAUAAUUUCUUCUCAAAGAGGGGAGAACCAAGCACUGAAGUCUCCCCCAUCUUUUUUUUUAAAUGUUGUUUUUAAAUUUUUUAUUUUUUUUGGCCGGUCGUCUCAAAUUCAUCUGAUUUCUUAUUACCUCAAUUUUGGAAACUGCCUUCCACGACCCUCCGGGACCACACAGACAGGCUGAGGAAGAGUUUAUGAGCAGGAGCUGAACAAGAUGCAUUGUGAGAGGUUUCUAUGUGUCCUGCGAAUAAUUGGAACUACACUUUUUGGAGUCUCUCUCCUCCUUGGAAUCACAGCUGCUUAUAUUGUUGGCUACCAGUUUAUCCAAACGGAUAAUUACUAUUUUUCCUUUGGACUCUAUGGUGCAUUUUUAGCAUCACACCUCAUCAUCCAAAGCCUCUUUGCCUUUUUGGAACACCGAAAAAUGAAAAAGUCCCUCGAAACCCCCAUUAAAUUGAACAAAACCGUUGCUCUUUGCAUCGCUGCAUAUCAAGAAGAUCCUGACUACUUACGGAAAUGUUUGCAGUCUGUGAAAAGGCUGACCUACCCUGGGAUUAAAGUCGUGAUGGUCAUAGAUGGGAACUCAGAUGAUGACCUUUACAUGAUGGACAUCUUCAGUGAAGUCAUGGGCAGGGACAAAUCAGCCACCUACAUCUGGAAGAACAACUUCCAUGAAAAGGGACCUGGUGAGACAGAAGAGUCCCAUAAAGAAAGUUCACAACAUGUAACACAAUUGGUCUUGUCUAACAAAAGCAUUUGCAUCAUGCAAAAAUGGGGCGGGAAGCGAGAAGUCAUGUACACAGCCUUCAGAGCACUAGGACGAAGUGUGGAUUAUGUACAGGUGUGUGACUCGGACACCAUGCUUGACCCUGCCUCAUCUGUGGAGAUGGUGAAAGUUUUAGAAGAAGACCCUAUGGUUGGAGGUGUUGGGGGAGAUGUCCAGAUUUUAAACAAGUAUGAUUCCUGGAUCUCCUUCCUCAGCAGUGUGAGAUACUGGAUGGCUUUUAAUAUAGAAAGGGCCUGCCAGUCUUACUUUGGAUGUGUCCAGUGUAUAAGCGGUCCUCUGGGGAUGUACAGAAACUCCUUACUGCAUGAGUUUGUAGAAGACUGGUAUAAUCAGGAAUUCAUGGGCAACCAAUGCAGUUUUGGUGAUGAUAGGCAUCUCACCAACCGGGUGCUGAGUCUGGGCUAUGCAACAAAAUACACAGCUCGGUCCAAGUGUCUUACUGAAACACCUAUAGAGUAUCUCAGAUGGCUGAACCAGCAGACCCGUUGGAGCAAGUCCUACUUCCGAGAGUGGCUCUACAAUGCCAUGUGGUUCCACAAGCAUCACUUGUGGAUGACCUACGAAGCUGUUAUCACUGGAUUCUUUCCUUUCUUUCUCAUUGCCACAGUCAUCCAGCUCUUCUACAGGGGUAAAAUCUGGAACAUCCUCCUCUUCCUGUUAACUGUCCAGCUAGUGGGUCUCAUAAAGUCAUCUUUUGCCAGCUGCCUUAGAGGAAAUAUUGUCAUGGUCUUCAUGUCUCUCUAUUCAGUGUUAUACAUGUCAAGCCUACUUCCUGCCAAGAUGUUUGCGAUUGCAACCAUAAACAAAGCUGGGUGGGGUACAUCUGGAAGGAAGACCAUUGUUGUUAAUUUCAUAGGACUUAUUCCAGUGUCCGUGUGGUUUACAAUCCUUUUAGGCGGUGUGAUUUUCACCAUUUAUAAGGAAUCAAAAAAGCCAUUUUCCGAAUCCAAACAGACUGUUCUCAUUGUGGGAACCUUGAUCUAUGCAUGCUACUGGGUCCUGCUCUUGACUCUGUAUGUGGUUCUCAUCAAUAAGUGUGGCAGGCGGAAGAAGGGACAACAGUAUGACAUGGUGCUUGAUGUAUGAUCUCACUAGGAUGUUUGCAGUCACACAUGGGGACAACACACACACCUUAGCUCCUCCAGGGGUUGUACAGUAUUGUGGCAUCUCACCCUGCCACCACAGGAGACAUAUCACUGCUGCUGGGACUUGAACAAAGACGUUUGGUGGCUUGAUUUUUGAUUCUGCCAAAGUAAAUUGAUACAUCGGUAAGAAGAAACUCUGAUUUAACCCGACAUUUCGAGGAACGUGAGAUGACUUCUUUGUUUAUGCACUUUUCCCCUUACUGUACGUCCACCUGACAGUAUUUGUUCUAUAUACCUCACUAGCCAUGCUUUAUGUGGGUGAUCAUGGAAGAAAAGGAUUCUGAAAACUCAAGGGAACAUUUUUCAACCUAUACAACCUAACUUAUGGACUUUUUUGAUAGGUGAUUUUUUUCUUUCUUUUUUAAGGAAAAAUAUUUGUCUUUAAUGCUACCAAAUCAAAUGCCAAAGGAAAAUUUAAAGGCCACUGGCUAUGCUGUAUUUUGAUAUAAUUGUACUGUGUUUUUACAUUUUGUAUACCAAUUUUUAAAAACAAAUCUCACAUCAUAGUCUAUAUUUUACUUUUCUGCCAAAAUACACUUUUCUUUUCCUUUUUUAUAAUAAAAUAGGUUCUAAAAAAUUCAUACUAUAAAAAUUAACCUGCCCAAAAUGUGAAACUUGGUUGACUGAUGUUCAUGAAAGAAUAAAAUGAUUCUCUCUUUCUCUACCUUUUACAAUUGAAUAGUUUAUUUCUGUGAAAAAAAAUAUGUAAACUUUCAAUAUUCUAACUUUUUAUUUCUUCUAGAAAGGGCCAAGAUACAUUUCAAUUUUUAGGUAAAAAUACAUUACUCUCAUGUGUACAAGAGCAAAUCAUUAAAGUUGAGGCCAAAGGGGUAGAAAAGUGCAAUUUUUGAAUGUGAUUUUGUUUUUCAAAAGGGAAUGCUAGUCUUUGAAAGAGAACACUGGGCACCUUGUACUGAAUAAAUAUGAACAUCAAAAAUGGGACAUCUCUAGAGAUGAUGGCAGUAUUUGUGUAGGCCUAGGAAAAUGGAAAGCUGGUGAAAAUUUAUCUGUGUGAUUGGGACAAAAACAAUGCAAUUCAUCAAAAGUUUUAUUCUGUGGCCUGUAUGUGGUAGACCUUAACAUAUACACAUUAGGUGCAUUUCCCCUGUUUAGUGUCUGAGUUUGCCAAUUCACACUGCAUGUUGGUGAUGUUUACUUGAGUGAAUUUAAACUAAUAUAAAACACAAUUCAGAACUGGCACAUUUAUGUUCCAAGUGUCUUCUUUACUUCUCAGGAAGGGUAUUUUUCUGAAUUGUACAGGUAAUCUUUUCAUCUCUUCCAUACUUGGCCUUCCUAAAAAUGUCCACAAGCAGAAAUGAUGUUAAGAUUUAAUUAGCAUUAUUAAGAGUGGGUACAUACAAAAAGUGAUGAACCAGCUCUUCUGAACUUGACUAAUUCAGUUAUUCCAAGGCCUCAAUUAUUCAAUUUGACUUUUCACACCAUAUAUCUUGCCUUGUGGCUGGUGCUGUGUAGACCUGCACCAAACAUGCACUAACACAAGAGUAGCUGGAUAAAAGCAUUGUGGUUAAGCAGAUACAGAGUCAAUGUUCUGCUUACUUAGUGUGCAGACUUCCAUGGUCCAUCUUGACUAAUGAAAGCUGCACAUUCUACCUUAUGAGUACAAAGAGGUUUGUUCAAGUUCUGAAAAACUCAGACUCUCACUGCAUGCACAGCAAGUGAAAAACAAACACACCACGACAAUAAAUGAGACUAAAACUUGAGUUUGCCUUUUUAACUAUUUAUGUUCUAAGUUAAGCUUUGAUAACGUUCAAAUGUCAAAUUUUCUCAUUCUUAUAAAAAGUUGAAUUAAUUGCCUUGUAUUUAUUUUAGCAAUUAUUCAAUGUAUUUCCAUUAUAGGAUGUAUAGUAUAAUUGAUUUUUUUGUAAAUAAAAUAUUUUUGAUAA